AUGCAAGAUAACGAAUCCUUAAGGGAGUUCGUGAAACAGUUUGGUCAAGUCGUACUUCAAGUAAAGGCUUAUAGUAUGGAUGCUAUCCUGCAGAUCUUCAAGCGAGGCAUCUGUCCAGGCACUCCAUUUUUCGAAUCACUCGCUAAAAAGCCUCCAACAACGAUGGACGACUUGUUCAGACGUGCAAACAAAUACUCAAUGCUCGAAGAUGACGUACGAGCAGCCACCCAGCAAGUCUUGGUUGCUGGACAGGCAUCUAGAAGUGGCGCGGAUAGAAAUGCCAAACUUCCGAACAGGCCAAGGCCGUUCGAUCAAAGGUGGCCUAGACCCCUCGAAACGGACCCAUCCAAAAGAGAUCAUAGCAAAAAAUGUGUCUUCCACAAGGAGCAUGGUCACACAACUGAAGAAUGCAGGUGCCUCCAUUAUUUGGUCGAAAGGCUCAUAAGAGUAGGACACUUGAAGCAAUACCUCCGCUCAGAUGCUGGAGGUAAAAACGCUUCUCAAAACCACAACACUGGAGCCCCCAGGGCCCCAACCGCCCCCAAAGCCGUUAUAAACUAUAUUAACGGAGGCCCAUCUGACGAGGAGUAUGACUCCAAACGAAAAAGACAAAAGUUGUUGCGGGCCGCAUCGGUACAUGAACGUAUCAACUCCAUCCGGCCUGGGAUAUCUGGAGGGGGCCCCCGCCCCAUAGAUGGGACAAUCAUUUUUCCACCAGUAGACUCCACUCGGAUAUUGCAUCCGCACCGCGACGCCCUCAUCCUGUCCCUAGAGAUAGGAGACUUCGACGUGAGGCGCAUCCUGGUCGACCCAGGCAGCUCAGCCGAUCUUAUACAAGCAUCGGUCAUUAGCCACAUGGGACACAGUCUCACAGGCCUCGAAAACCCUGUGCGAAUCCUAUCCGGAUUCAACGGGUCAUCAACUACGUCAUUGGGAGACAUUGUACUGUUGGUCCAAGUUGGCCCAGUCACUCUCAACCCAAUAGCAAUUAUUGGGUCCGGCGGACAAAGAUCCCCCGGCAGCGGAUCCCUUGCAAACAAUCCAAAUUUCAGAAGAAGGUACUCACCUUACGAAUAUCAGUUCCCUCCUGACAUCGGAAGAAACCCAGAAUAUGCAGAACGCCCUCAGACAAAACCAUGA